AUGACAAGACUCAUCACGGCAUUGCUGCUGCUGCAGGCUAUCGCGAGGUUCGGUCGCGUGGCAGCCGCAGAUUCCACGCACGCGGCUGACCAACCGGCCCCAUCUGCGGUCCCAUCGGGGCUUUCUGGGCCAGAUUACACCGGGCCAUCGGCCGGUUCCGACGAGUGCGACCCAGAAAUGGUCGGGUUCGAGCUGGUGACCGGCUACGUGUUCACCGCGCCCACGAACAUGCUCGAGUCCAUACCGGGAACCCUGAUGCUCACCGAUUGCUUGGAGACCUGUCAAGCGAACGAUUCCUGCCAGGCGGUGAACUACGAGACGGGCCUCUGCGUUCUCUUCAGCUCGAACGCCGACAGCAAUCCAGGUGCCCUCUCGCAAUCCCAAUUCCCGGUGUUCACGAUUUACGCCCAGAAGAGCUGCCUGGCUGUGAAACCGUGCGAACGCGCCUGGUGCAUCGACAGGGUCCAGGGGCAUCGUCUUCAGGGCCACACACGUAGAACCAUGAACGCCUCCUCGCGACAACACUGUCUCGAGCUCUGUUUAGGCGAGAGAGACUUCCUAUGCCGAUCUGCCAAUUACGCAAAUGCAACGAAACAAUGCGAAUUAUCGGACAUGGACCGGCUGACCGUCGCCGGAUCGAACGCUUUCCAAUCCUCCAAGGGAUUCGAUUACCUUGAGAACCACUGCGUGGACGAACCGGUGAAACUCUGCGAAUUCAAGAAACUGUCCGGCCGUAUUUUGAAAACCGUGGAUUCCGUUUACCAAGAUGUUGGCAGCACCGAGGAGUGCCGGGAGCUUUGCUUGAAUUCCCCGUUCCGUUGCCAUUCCUACGAUUAUGGCGACACAGGUGACAUGGUAUGCCGUCUCAGCCAUCACUCCAGAGCCACCCUUUCGGAUAUCCAGGAGCCUUAUCUUGACGUGCCGGAGGGAUCGACGUACGAGUUGAGCUCUUGCUACAACGUGACCAUAGAUUGCCGGGCCGGUGACAUGGUGACGAGGAUCCAAACGAGCAAAUUGUUCUACGGAAAGGUGUACGUGAAGGGGUCGCCGAAUUCUUGCGUGCAGGACGUGAAGGGGGCGUUGGAGUUCGAGCUGAAAAUGGCGUACGACGAUUUGGAGUGCAACAUAAGGCAGCAGGGGUUGGGCCGUUACCUGAACGACGUCGUGAUCCAACACCACGACACCAUUGUCACCAGCUCCGAUCUCGGCCUGGCCGUCACCUGUCAAUACGAUCUCACCAACAAAACCGUGUCGAACGAGGUCGAUCUCGGUGUGCACGGCGAAAUAACACCCGCUCUGUCCGAGGAAGUGAUCGUCGACUCGCCCAACGUCGCCAUGAAGAUCACCGAUCGUAGUGGAAACGAGGCAAUCCCGUCCGCCGAAGUCGGCGAUCCGUUGGCCCUCAAGUUCGAGAUACUCGACCCGAACAGCCCGUACGAGAUCUUCGUACGCGAGCUGGUCGCCAUGGACGGCGUCGACUCCAGCGAGAUAGUCUUAAUUGACUCGGAUGGCUGCCCCACCGAUCACGUCAUCAUGGGCCCCCUCUACAAGUCGGCCACCACGGGCAAGAUUCUCCUUUCGCACUUCGACGCCUUCAAAUUCCCCAGCUCGGAGGUGGUACAGUUCCGGGCCCUGGUCACACCUUGCAUGCCCACCUGCGAGCCGGUUCAGUGCGAUCAAGAGGAGGCGACCGGCGAGCUGCGCUCCGUGAUUUCGUACGGGAAGCGUCGUCGCCGUCGCUCGACCGGCUCCCAGACCCGCGAGGACCUGCUGCUCGUGCAAUCGAUCCAGAUCACGGACAAGUUCGGAUUCGAGCACGACAGCAAGGCGUCGAACGCCAGCUCGGCCAGCAGGGACACGGUGUUCGUCGAGAGCGAGGACAUAUCGUCGACCAUGGGCAUGUGCAUCAACCUGGGCGAGGCGAUCGUCGCUGGGACCGUGUUCCUCGUAGCCCAGAUCGCCAUCAUAGCCGCGUGGACGUUCACCUGGCAGAGACGCCGGCAGAUGCUCAAGCACCAAGAGGCGCUCUCGGUCUCGGUCUCCGUACCGGGGAUGCAUUCCGUCCCCGGACGCACCGACAGCCUCUGUAAGUUGUACGACACAGGUUACUCAGCGCGCCGUUUUUGA